UUUAGUGUUGGGUUUGUUUCGGCUGCCGGGCCUUCGCAUUGGUCGUGUGUUUAGCGCUGGGGUGGGAUGGGCCGGCGCGCCGGCUGAAGAGGGAAGAGAGGCGUUCAUGCGUGCGUGCGUGCAUGCGUCGGUGCAAGGCGGCGCUUGCUUUGCGUUGCGUGCUCUGGGUUGGUUGGUGGUUUGCCGAGCGCGGUUUAUGCACGCGUGCAUGUGCGCUUGCGCGCGCUCUCUGUCUCUCUCUGUCUGUCUCUCUCUGCCUCUUCAUUCACUUUUUCUGGCUCUUUCUUUCUCGCUUCUCGGACCUGGCUAGGUGUCUAUUUGAUAUCUUAUCCGUCUGUCCGUCUGUCCAUCUAUCUAUCUAUCUCAGGCACGCCCGAGCCGCGGGCCUCGUUAGUGUCUUCGUAUCUAUGUAUAGGUACCGCCCGGGUAUGUAUGUAUGGCCGGCCUACAUAAGUUGUCUUCCUUCCUAUAUACGGAUACGUACUCUGCCCCGCCGGACCUCGGCUAUGCCUCCGUGCAUAUGUCUCAGUCAAUCAGUCAGUCAGCACCACCACAUCACGACGAGACGAACGGCUUCCGCGGACGCGGGUUCGGCGCCGUACGCGGCGGUGCGGUAAGGUGCGGACGCAUGGGCGCGGAGGCGUGCUCGUGUGCUUGUGUGUGUGUGUGCUGUAGGUACGGAUGUAUGUACGGAUGUAUGUAGGUACGGCUAGAUGACUGAGCAAGCGAGCGCGGACGAUCGGGCGCAGGCUCAUGCUCAUGCUCAUGCCUUCCGCUGCGGCGGGCACGAGGCGCGUGCGCGUGCGAGUUUGUGUGCGCGUGUUUAUGAGCGCGGGUUUGUGAGUGUAUUACGGGAAGACUGCAAAGUAGGACAGGGCAAGGUACGAGCAAUUUAGUUGCUCCGUCUCCGUCCACACACACACCUCUCCAACUAUACCUAGUAACGUCACCGGCAGCUCCAACAGCUUUGACGCUCACUAAG